AACUUGCAAAAACAACCACGAGCCAACCAAGUUCUAAACAAACACACCAAAUGUGCAAGCGCGCGCGCGCACCUACGCACACCCUCGCCGCCCAAUAUUAGUGCUCACAGGAUAAAUACGCGUUUAGCGGACAGCUGAUAAUUUGACCUUUUCGAACCGAGCGGCUAAUACCGGCUGUACAAACGGACCCAACCGCUCCAGCAGACGGCGACCCACCACCAUGGCGUGGGACAUACUGUCCGUUUGCGGUUGGCCAAUCGCCGGCAGCAGGAACGACCACCAAACGCCACCACAGCAGGCACCGCCUCGCGUUACCCUCGUCCAGGAGCAGUCCGGUGUCGAUGGAGCCUUCCUGCUCGCCAUGCUGCUGACGAACCAUCUCAAGCGCAGCGGCGACAAUCGUGUGCUACUGUUCGCUGCCCAUCACAAUGCCGCCCACUAUACCGCCGCCUGCCAGAAGCUUACGUUUAACGCCGCAUCCGCCAUCCAGUCGGGCCAGCUGCGCAUCGUCGACGUGCUGGCGGCCGUGUACGGGGGCGCUACGGCCGGACCGGCACUGCUGCAGCUUAUCAGCGACCGGGUGGCCGAGGCUGGCCCCACCAGUAACACACUCAUUAUCGUGGACGAUCUUACCUGCCUCGGUGCCAUGAUGGGCGGCGGAAGUGGCGAAAAUGCUGUGAUCGAUUUUGUCGAACGGCUGCUUCUGCCGCUCCACCCGGCGGCCGCCCAAUGCGUGCUGAAGGUGAACGUGUCGGAAUGCUACGAACGGUUGUGCACGUUCCUGGCCGAUCUGGCGGAGGUGAUCGUCGGGCUGGGACCGCUCCCGUCCGGUGCCAGCCACGAGCUGGACGGUAUCUUAACGGUGUACCGCCGCCAGUCCACCUCGUACCCGCUGCUGGGCGCAUUGCGCGAACCAGCCAAAACGCUGCUCUACAAAGUGCACGACCGGCUGGUACGGACCUAUCUGCCCGGUGAGGUGGGAAUAAAAAAUCUAUAAUACCGCCAGCAGUACCGCAAUCGAACGCGACGGUGUUUGGCAGCAUGCCAAGUGUAAUAAUUUA